AUGGCCAAAAAAGCGAAAUCUCGCACCAUUGCGGUCCGCCUGAUCUCCAUGGCCAUGACCGGCUACUACCGCACAAUGAUCCGUCCGCGUGUGCACCGUCCCCUCUCCAUGCUCAAGUACGACCCCGUCGUGAAGAAGAAGGUUCUCUUCUUGGAGGCGACCAAGGGCGGCAAAGCGAAAUAA